AUGAAGUCAACGAUAUUCUUAUUUGCAGCGUGUUCGCUCACAACCAGUGUGGUUGGCCAUGCGACGUUUCAGCAAUUAUGGGUGAACGGCGUCGAUCAAAAGAGUACAUGCGCCCGACUUCCGGGCAGCAACUCCCCCGUCACCAGCGUUGCCUCGAAUGAUAUUCGAUGCAAUGCGAAGUCCAGUGCUGCACAGAGUGUUUGCAGCGUUGCUGCCGGAGAUACGGUCACCGUCGAGAUGCACCAACAACCCAACGACCGAAAAUGCGAUGCCGAAGCACUUGGCGGCAACCAUUUCGGGCCCGUGAUGGUCUACAUGAGCAAAGUUGGAGACGCGAAGACGGCAGAUGGGUCUUCCUCUUGGUUCAAGAUCUACGAGAACGGCUAUGACCCUGCCACUAAAAUCUGGGGCAACGACCUCCUGAAUAAGAACUGUGGGAAGCAGGAUGUCAAGAUCCCGUCGAACAUCGCACCCGGCGACUACUUGCUCCGUGCUGAGACCAUUGCUUUGCACUCAGCCUCGUCCGAGGGCGGGGCGCAAUUCUACAUGACUUGUUACCAACUGACGGUUACGGGAGGCGGGUCUGCAAACCCAACUGGUGUCAGCUUCCCUGGGGCCUACAAAGCUAGUGAUCCAGGCAUCAAGAUCAAUAUUUACACUGACCUCAAGUCCUACACUAUCCCUGGUCCCUCGGUCUACGGGAGUUAA